UUCCAGUGGGUAAUAAUCGAAAUCUUUAUUGUUACAAAACAGAACUGAAAUAAGGCCCUGCGCAGACUGACAGUUACUGGAGCUAAGGAAAUUGCAUUGAGGCAGCAGAGAGAAUUAUAGUGAGAGUUGCCGGUAAUGGAUUUCUUCGAAAAUUGUGACAGAUUGUAAGUUUAAAAGACGCUUCAUGGCGACGUGGCAUGGAUAUAAAAGGUUAACCAAAAACGACAAAGGCACAAGAACGCCUUUAGUUAUUGUUAGCUAGCUGGAUUAGCUGAUUUUCGGAGGAACUAGCUAGAUACGAGUGCAGGUCGUCUCAGAUGUCAGUAUAUUUAAGUUUUAAACUCUGAAGAUUUCCCCGGUUGUUGCCGAGUAGUACCAGGUGUCUUCUGAACAUCUGCAUUCUACAGAGUACUUCAAGGAGAAGACUAAAACAUGUUUCCCCUGGAAUCGCCCUGGAACAUCUCCUUUGCAGGCUGUGGUUUCCUCGGCAUCUAUCAUGUUGGGGUUGCUAGUUGUCUGCAGGAACAGGCACCUUUUUUAGUAGACAAUGCACGACAUAUUUACGGAGCUUCGGCGGGUGCUCUUACCGCGUCUGCCCUCGUCAGUGGAGCAUGUUUGGGUCAGGCAGGGGCGAACAUUAUUGAUGUGGCGAAAGAGGCCCGGAAACGGUUUCUGGGACCCAUGCACCCCUCCUUCAACCUGGUGAAGAUCAUGCGAACCAUGUUGUACCGCACCCUUCCUCCAGAUGCGCACACACUCGCCAACGGGCGGUUGGGCAUCUCCCUGACCCGCGUGUCUGAUGGAGAGAAUGUUCUGGUUUCCCAGUUCAACAGUAAAGAGGAGCUGGUGCAGGCAUGUGUAUGCAGUGCCUACAUUCCUGUAUACUGUGGCCUUAUUCCUCCUACAUUACAGGGUGUGCGAUAUGUAGAUGGAGGGAUUUCAGACAACCUGCCCCAGUACGAGCUGAAGAACACAAUCACAGUGUCGCCCUUCUCUGGAGAGAGUGACAUCUGCCCUAGAGACACCUCCACCAACCUGCAUGAGUUGCGCUUCACCAACACCAGCAUUCAGUUUACCCUCACAAAUCUCUACAGGGUCUCGAAGGCCCUCUUCCCCCCUGACCCACAGACAAUGAAGGCCAUGUGCAAACAGGGCUACAAAGAUGCCCUGCAUUUCAUCAGGAGGAAUGGACUGCUGCAAUAUCGAGGACCCCAACGUGCACUUGGAAGAGCAGAUGGGGAGGAGGAAGAGGUAGAAGAGGAGGGAGACGAGGAAGAGGAAGUGGCCACUGGAGUGAACCACCAUGACGGGAGGGAGGUGGCUGUCUUCAGUGAAAACUCCACAGCAGAGGAUCACAUUUUUGAGCACCUGCCCCCAAGACUGCACAGAGCACUGGUAGAGGCCUGCAAGGAGAGGAGGAGCCUGUUCCAGUCUCUCGGCAACCUGCUGCCAAUCAGGAUGGCUUCAGCCAUGAUGCUUCCAUACACUCUGCCCUUGGAGUCUGCUAUGUCUAUGACUAUUAGGCUUUUGGAGUGGCUGCCAGACGUACAGGAGGAUGUUGGAUGGAUUCGAGAGCAAAUGGUGAAGCUGGCGCAAUGCUUUCUGAAUCAGGCCAGGAGAAGGCUGUCCCAGCAGGUGUCUGCAAGGUUGUCCUACCAGGUGGAGCUGCGGCGCACCCAGUCCCUGCCUGCCCGGCCCGGGCCCGGGCCCAGGCCCGUCAGCAUCCUGCCCGGCUGGAUGAGCGGGGGCAGCUCCUCCAUGCUGGACCUCAUCCUCCGCCUGGACCAGUACCAGCGGCAGCUUCUGCCAGGCUUGCUGUGCGUCAACUUGGACCUGCGCGCGUCCAUCUUCACCCAGACCUCAGCGGAAGGAGGCCUGGGCCCCCUCGCCGAGGAGCCAGAGGAGGGGCUGGUAAUGCGCCCGGUGGGCCCUGAAGCUUCCACGGCGUCACCGCCAUCUUCCGCGAGGGACCCCGGAAUCCCCUAGGAUCCCUCAGGUCUUUCCCUGCCACAGGAAGGCCCUGAACAAGACUUACGGAGGUUCAUGGAGCAAAAACGACAAACUGACUAUUAUAAUGUCAGGCCCAAAGAAUCUAAAGUAGACUAUUUCCAAACCUCCAAAUUGCUGUGCCAAGUGCCUUUGACUAACAAAGUAUAUAUUUGAAAUCUACAUUAUUAUAUCAAGAUCAGUGAUGCCUUCAGGUUUUGUCUCUUGUCUUUUAACUCAGUGGAGACACCAGUUAACUACAACGUUUAGUUAAUCUGUAAAGCUUCUAUUUUCUCACAUUUCAUAACUUUUCCAGGCUGAGGAAAGUUAAUGCUGCCAGACCAUAAAAAAUAAUGCGAAUGAGCAAUGAAGGAAUGGGAAAAGUAGAAAUAAGAACAUUUUGGGAUGGAUAGUAAGAUGUAUGUCUCCAUCAAUAUUGGUCAGCACUAACUCGUACUGUACAGUGUCUUGGAGCAUUUUUGUCCAUUACAGAAUACCAGUGAGUUUGUCUCAGAUACUUGGAAAAGGUAAAUUGAACUUUCAAUGCAGUGUCACGUGUACUGUACUAGAGCCAUUUUGUUUUCCAUGAGUCUGUUUAAUUCCUGAAUGUAAUAUCCUGAAUGUGAUUAUAUUUGUUUUUGUUAGACUGUUCAAUAUUGGACACACCUGAAUGAUGCAAGUGAAUUUAGGGUCAAGUGAAUUUUUGGCAUGAGGAAGUGGAUUUAUACAUGAGUACUGAAAUGAUUUAUAUCCUUAAGUGGUAUAAAGUAAGGGUAAGAGGCUGCAUUCUUCAAGAAAAUUGACUAGGCAGUUUUAUAUAUAAUGCUCAUGAAAGAUUUUUUGCUCAUGUCUUUCAAAAAGUUCUGAUGUUUCAGCCACGAGCGUUCUCAACCAAUAGUAACCGAGUGGCAAAUACAGCUACAGCUUGCAAGUAAAUCACCAAGCAAUGCAUGUCUGUGUUCACGUUAACCCUUUGAAUGUUUGACAUUCUAUACAUCACCUAUAAUCUACGAGUAGUCAGUGAAAUCUAAAUUGAUUAUGAAAAUAAAGAGAACAUCAGAGUUUCCUGGAAGAAAGGAAAUGGAAAUUUGCACAUUAACUUUUGAUCUUACUAGUACUUUCAAUGCAAACAUACACCUGUUUGACUGAAUUGUGCCACGUCUUGGCAGCAACAUUCUAAUAAUUUGUCUUUGAUUAAUAUGUUAAAAUGUAGAAUAUUUUAAAGGUUUUGAGACUGGAAAGUAUGUGAAUUUCACAUAUUGCUUAUUUGUAUUUAUUUUAUAAGUAAUUGCAUCGUGGAUCAUCAAAUUUAACUAGGGUUACUUUUACCAGUUACCUCUGCUUUUUUGAGAGCCAAUAGCUGGGGAUCUACCACUGCGAAGGGAAUGUUUCCUUCUUCAGUUAAAAAUGAAUAUUCACUUUGUUACACCCACUUGUGAAUUCAGUACUAUUCUUUAUAUUGAAUAAUCUGGGAGAAAAGUUUGUGCCUUUUUUGUAGAAUUAUUUAAUAGAACCUCUGCUGAAUUCUGUGCGUUUUAAUUGUUCUUUUAUUGAGAAUAUACAGUAAUUUGAUGUGAUCCAGGUGUGAAAAGGCUGAAUGCUAAAUUUAUUUGCACAUAAUAUAUACACCCUUAUUGUGCCAAUCUUUGUGUUUUAAUUGUUGUGCAUACAAACUGUUAAUGUACAUCAUCUCAAACAUGUCUGUGGUCUUCCCAGGUUCUGUCCCUUGUGUCUGAUUAGUUCUCCUGUUAGUGUGCUACCCUUCAUCCAAAUAACAUUCUAUGGUGUAGUGCAGAAAAGGAUGGGUGUACCUUUUUAUAGUUUGUAUGUUGAGGGGUGUUGUCUGAAACUACCAUGUGUGUGCAUCUCAUUUAUUCUAAGCUAAUUUUGCCUGCUGCAUAGAUUGUAUUUAUAUUUUGCACAGUGAUAAGUGUACUAAUUUUAUUUGCUGUGAAUGUCAAGUCUCUAUGUAGGGAUAUGCACAGUUAAUUGAAAUCAGAUGAGAACUUUAACUUUGUAGUAAAUGACGCUGUGCUUGAUAACUAAAAUACUUUACCAGCCGAUGUGGUGGGUGACUGAUUGCUUACCCAAAACAAGGGAAGAUUACCUGCCUCUUUUUUUUCAGCUCAACGAACAAGCUUGCAUUUCUUAGACACAGUAGCUGUGUAAGCCAGAAAAUCACCUUUGCCCUACUACUAGUAAAUAUUAAAAAAUGUAAAUAUAAAUUUAUACUGAUUAUGUUGACAGUGAUAAAAGUUUUAAUUAUGCUGUUGCCUAAUCUUGCCUUACCUGCAAGUUGGCAAAUACACUGACGUUCUUGUGCUAUACUGGCAUUAUUUGAAGGGGGAAACUCAAAGGUGGUAAGGUUCAAAUUAUUGCCUCCUUUAGCCAUGCCAUUCUUUCUGUAUUGCCAACAAAUUGUCUAUGAAUACAAUCAGAGAUUAUGGCAUCCAUGUCUAAGAACUUGCAUUAUAUUAUGUUGAAAUGUUACGAUGCCUUUUAUGUUUGGAGUUAGACUGACCCAAACAGUUUACACCAACAUAAUUAUUGAAAUAUAAAAAGUUUGACACUUUGUCACCUUCUUAAUGUCUCCCAACUGACUAGCCUUUUAUCCCUAAAUAUUAAAUAUAAGUAAGAAACUUCUCAUUUUAGAGCUUGAAGUAACAAAGUUAGUUUUAAACCUGUAUGGGAAAGUGCCACCAGAAUCACCCACAAAAAAUCAGAGAGAAAAUAAAAAGGGUUGUAUAUUG